GGUUGCUCCGCUCGCGCACGACAAGGCCUUGCCUUGCCUUGCCUUGCCCCGGUUCCUCUCGCCUUCCGCGCGGUCGCGCCCGCCCCGCGCCGUCCCCUCCCGCCGAGCUAUGCCCUAUAUAUUUCGCCGCGCCCACGGAUCAGUCGAAACCAUCGAACGCCAAACCCGCCGGCCACCAUCGGAGUCGCGGAAGGCAAGAGGGAGUCGGUCUCCAACCCCCCGGCGCUGCACGCACGACGCCGACGCGGGAUCAAGGAAGCAAGGAACCAGGGCAAGCGACCGCCGCCAUGGACAUGGCCUCCGCGUCCGCGCCCAGCACCUCCUCCCACAACAUCUCCCUGGCGCAGGCCGUGCUGACGCUCUCCGUCAACGCCGUCCUCUUCUUCCUCACCGCCGUCAUCAAGUCCGCCGCCGCCACCACCACCACCUCCUCCUCCUCCUCGUCCAGCCGCCGCGACGCUGCCCCCGCUCCCGCCCCUGCCGCCGCACCCGCGUCGCCGGCUCCGGCUAAGCCCGCCGUCGCAGCGGCCGCUGGCGCGAUCGACAUGGACGUGGUGCUCGGGGUGAUGGGCGCCGGCGGCGCCGCCGCGUCGGUGGGGUUCGAGGAGGCCGCGGCGCUGUUCGACGAGGAGGAGGCGACCGUGGAGGAGGCCCGCGCCGCGUUCGCGGUCUUCGACCGCGACGGCGACGGGUUCAUCGACGCCGCGGAGCUCCGGAGCGUGCUCGGGUCGCUCGGGUUCGGCGCCGGCGCCGGCGCCGUGGAGUGCCAGCGCAUGAUCGACGCGUACGACGAGGACAGGGACGGCAGGAUCGACUUCGGCGAGUUCGUCAAGCUCAUGGAGACGAGCUCGUGAGUUAGGAAUAGUAUAGCCAUUUGUUGGACCGCCGGGCCGGAUGAGUCCCUCUGUUUCAUUCCAAGAUUCUUUGUUCGUUAGUUCUUUCUAUGCUUUUUCUUGGCCGGAAUUGAGCCGAAUGAUGCAUCCAGUACAUGUGUAUACUCACAAUCUAGAUAUGGGCACAUGAUUUUCUGAAGAUCAUUUUACGGUUUAUUCAGAUGAUACAAAGAUCAUCAGGAAG